UCCUCUAAAGAACCUUGAGGCCUUUGCCCAGAGCCACUCAUCAGACACACAGCAGACAUUGCAGGCUUGAAGAAAGCACUUUUUCUGCUACCAUGGAAACCAUGCAAAGAAUGGAACAGACCACAGCUGGCCUUGCUGUGCCCCAGCCUGCUGUUCUACACUCAUAUACGUGGAAAAGGUUGCAAGAGAAGUUCUUGAAGGGGAAACCCAAAGUCCUUGGGACUGUGCAGAUCCUGAUUUCCCUGAUGAACCUCAGCUUGGGAAUAAUAGUGAUGAGUGUCACCGUGCCAUGUUAUGGAUAUGGAUCAUGUCCCAUUUCAGUGUACAUUGGAUACACAAUUUGGGGGUCGGUGAUGUUUAUUAUUUCAGGAUCCCUGUCAAUUGCAGCAGAGAAAAGAACUACAAAAGGUCUGGUCCGAGGUAGCCUUGGAUUGAACAUCACCAGCUCUGUCUUGGCUCUAUCGGGGGUGGUAAUCAGUGCAGUCAGUGCGAGUAUCUCUCCAUUCUAUUACAUUUACUGUAACUACCGUCAGACAGUGGAAGAUUGCGUCAUGCUCACGUCCCUUAUAGUGAGUAUGGAUAUUAUAGUGGCUGUUUUAAGUUUGCUGGAAUUCUGCAUUGCUGUGUCCCUCUCUGCCUUUGGAUGCGAAGUCAUGUGUUGUAGCCCUGGUGGGGUUGUGUUAAUUAUGCCACCAAAUCCUCACGUGGCAGAAGAAGCAUCUCCUGCACCAUUGAACGGAAGUUUGAUGCCACCAACAGAUCAAUAGAAAAAUGUUCCAGAAAAAUCUAUGCUGAUAGCAAUGCAAGAACCCCAUAUGUGAAAGUACCA